CCUGGCGUUAAACCGCGCUCGUCGCCGUCGUCGCGACUCGUGUUCGUCGGCAAUCGUAUUUAGCUCUGGCCGCGUGGUGCCGGCAUCUCAGUCUCGUUUCGCUGUCACGUCGUUUCGUUCUAUAGUUCGCGAGUAAAGGGUGAACUCACCGAUAAAAAUUUUUAAUUGAAGCCUCCAUUAAAUCACACCACAUUUACGCAUUUACGAACGGUGUUUGUUCAAUUGUGCGUCUUCGAGCAUCGAAAUCAUCGGGAACGAGCCGGUACAAUUCGGCAUCCAGUUCUGAGAAGGUUAACUAGCUGACGGUUCGGCAAGGGUAGAAACAGAGAGAAGUAAAGAAAGAAUGGCGCCAAACGUCACCAGUACCCCGACGGGAGUACUAUACGAAGGAGAAACACUCGAUGAGACUAUCAUAAACGAAACGCCAAAAGUGAAGUACGAAAGACGCAUCGUCUGGAGGAACGUCCUGGUCUUCUUGUACCUUCACCUGGGAGCGAUUUACGGACUCUACCUCAGCUUCACUUCCGCCAAAGUGGUGACAGUCCUAUUUGCGUUCGCCUUAUACGUAAUUAGCGGUUUGGGGAUCACAGCUGGCGCACACAGAUUAUGGGCACAUAAAGCGUACAAGGCGAAAUGGCCGCUCGAACUAAUGUUAAUGAUUUUCAACACCAUAGCCUUCCAAGAUGCAGUGUUCGACUGGGCCAGGGAUCACAGACUUCACCAUAAAUACAGCGAAACGAACGCGGAUCCCCAUAACGCGAAGAGGGGAUUCUUCUUCGCGCACGUGGGUUGGCUGCUGUGCAGAAAACAUCCGGACAUCAAAGAAAAGGGGAAAGGUAUCGAUCUCAGCGAUCUGAAAAGGAAUCCCAUACUUGCAUUCCAGAAAAAGCACUACAGAAUAUUGAUGCCAAUAUUUUGUUUCAUCCUACCGACUGUUAUACCAGUCGUGUGUUGGAACGAGACGUGGAAAAACGCUUACUUCAUUCCGGCGAUACUGCGCUACGUUACGACGCUGAACGCCACGUGGUUGGUCAACUCCGCGGCUCAUCUGUUUGGGAACAAGCCGUACGACAGGUUCAUCAACCCCGCGGAGAACAAGGCAGUUGCCAUCUCGGCGUUCGGCGAGGGUUGGCACAACUAUCACCACGUGUUCCCAUGGGACUACAAAACGGCCGAGCUGGGCAACUACAAGUACAACAUAACAACAGGCUUCAUUGACUUAUGCGCGAAACUCGGUUUGGCGUACGAUCUGAAGAUGAUCCCUAGGGAUAUGGUGCAGAAACGCGUGGAGAGAACUGGCGACGGUACGCACGAUCUCUGGGGAUGGGGCGACAAGGAUCAGACGCAAGAAGAAAGGGACCAGACAUUGGUGAUAAAUUGUGAGAAAACGAAGGAUCACUAGAAGUGGUCCGCAACAACGGCCGAUUAUUCGUUCUCACAGUCCCAGAACGACGGCCAGUUCUUUUUUUUUUUUGUUUUUUUUUUGCAUAGCUCUUAAAACGGGACCGGGUUGAGCUAUCCGAAAAACAAUCGGGAUAUUUGGGAGAUAUCACACUUAAUAUUUUUAGUCACGCGAUUGUGCAAACGUCAGCUACGUCCAAUUUUCUACACGGUCAUCGCGCAUUUUCUAAUUGUCGCUCCGUCGAGACGGUUUGAAUCGAAACGAAAUCCAUUCUUGCAAGUCUUCGAAUUCAGAAGGGUUUCUUUCUUGGUAAUUAAAAUGAGAAGUAUGAUUAUCGGAUCGACGCGAGCCCUUCUAUUUUUCAAUUUGAAAUACCGUCCCACGCAUAAUGAUCGGUUUCCAAGAGGUUCCAAGGGUUAGUUGGAGAAAUUAAAUGUAGCUGAACCUACGAUUACGCGACUGACUAGAUGGGUCAUUUGGCAGGUCCUAAAUGUUUUCAAUGAUAUCGGAGAGAGGAGGGGGAGGAGGUCAGAGUUCACCGUGAUCCAAGAAAUCGUUCCGCAAUUUCUCGAUUAUGUUCUAGAUAACGACAGACUCGUCUAAGCUUCUGACGCUCGAUCGAAACGAACGCUAUCUGAACUCCAGCGCCCGAACACCGGCGCCAUUUUCCUAAAUUUCUCUGUUCCUUUCGCUCUCUGUCAUCCAGAACAUCGAGCUUCUCCAAACGAAAACAAGCAUGACAUUGAAACACGCUCUCCCUCACGUCCGAACAUUAAACGCAACAUUUCUUGUAGGGGAUAAAUGUAAAUGUGUAUAAUAAAUGCGAAUUAUUAUUAUUAUUA